GCUUGGUUUGGUAGAUAGAUAGACCGCUUUGACGUUGCGCAGCCGGCGCUAAUCCCUAGACUAAGCGAGAUCCCACACAAAUCGCAUCGCGAGCCCUAGCCGAGGGCCUCUGGGGGAGACUUUGGGCUUUUGCUUGAUCCAAGUUCAACGACAGACAUCACCAGUUCAACGUCAACCCUCUUCGUUGCGACACAUCCGUCAAGAUGGCCAAGUCCAAGAACUCGUCUCAGCACAACCAGUCCAAGAAGGCUCACAGGAACGGCAUCAAGAAGCCUAAGACCUUCCGUUACCCCUCCCUGAAGGGUACCGACCCCAAGUUCCGCCGCAACCACAGACAUGCUCUGCACGGCACCAUGAAGGCUCUGAAGGAGCGCAAGGAGGGUAAGCGCGAGGUCGCAUAAACAUAACACAGCCAACACCGGAGGCGGUCAACUUGAAAAACGCGCGAUGAUGUGUCAUGUCGAAAUAGAGGGCAAAGUUCUGCUGGCUGCAAGGGAGAAAGGACGCUCCUGAGACGGACAUGGCCUGACUGAUGUUUUUCUUUAUGCGCUACGGGUCGAAUGGAUAACAAAAAAGGGCUCCAUCGAGUCUUCUUCGAUACCAGCGGCGUCAUUCUUGAGAGGUAGCCUAAAAAGGAGCGUUACCUUACUUCACACUUUUUCUCUACGGUCAGGUAUAGAUUCGCAUCUCACGAAGUCGGAUU